ACCUUGCGUAUGGAAGUAUGGCGGCCUCAGCGAAACAACUGCUUCUCGGCCAAAGUUUACAGCGUCGGAUUUCACGUGAAAGCGAUGAAUAAGUACGCAAACCGAGAAGGCGGUGUCGAAGAGCUCGGUGGCUGUGAGCGUCGGAGAGGGCUUGCAGAAAGAGUGGCUGUCUUUCCUUUCCCAGAACUUCCCCUCGCCUCCUUGAUUGAAGCGUCUCCACUCCGGGUUCCAGAGGGGGAGAAGCUCCACAAGACGGGAAAAGUGGACACGGAAGUUGGAAACUAACUCAGCGCGUUGGCUUUGGAAAGUCCAGCUGCGAAGUGGGAAUGUAUGUUUAUCAGACGGAUUUGUUGAGACGUUUUAGUGCACUUGUCCGGGUUUUUAUUUUUUUUGUCGGGAGGCAGCAAGGACCAAGUUUGGACUCGAUGUGGAUUUCGGGUCUGCGCUGCAUACCACCAGCAGACCUGGGUUAGCUUUCAUGGCUCCGGCUAACCAACAAUUUAGGUGUUCCUGUGACCAUAUUCCCCUGAAAUGUCUUGUUUUCUGUUGUAAAGCACAGACACUCCUCUAAUGUGUGACACGCGGAGACAUACUGGUGUAACUUUGAUCUGCUCAGGUGACCUGAAUCACCCGUUCUCUCAGAAGGGACAUUCUGAGCCUGGGAAAGGGUCUCCUGUGUUCCCCUGAUCCUCUGCUUGUCUGAUACCAAACUGUCGAAGGGGGAACAACUGAUACCAGCUUGGAUAGUCCCGGCUGCAGCCUGGCACCCUGCCCUUAUGGGGCAGCAGCCGGGGAAAUUUGUAGGGGACCAGAGGAGACCCAGUUUGCCUGCUUUCAUCAAGGGGGGAAAGAGAGACUCAACACGCCAUGUGAGCCAGCCCUGCAAUGUUUUCGAUAGACACGAAGCUCUCCAGAGACCAGAUUUUGAGGCUCAGGGUCUGUCAGAAGCGGCUCGCUGGAACUCCAAAGAGAACCUGUUGGCCGGACCGAGCGAGAAUGACCCCAACUUGUUUGUUGCACUCUAUGACUUUGUAGCAAGUGGUGACAACACCCUUAGCAUUACUAAAGGGGAGAAGUUGCGUGUGCUGGGUUACAACCACAACGGGGAGUGGUGCGAGGCACAGACCAAAAAUGGCCAAGGUUGGGUGCCGUCCAACUACAUCACUCCAGUCAACAGCCUGGAGAAGCACAGCUGGUACCACGGCCCCGUGUCACGCAACGCCGCAGAGUAUCUGCUUAGUUCGGGGAUCAACGGGAGCUUCCUGGUCCGGGAGAGCGAGAGCAGCCCCGGACAAAGGUCCAUCUCCCUGCGGUAUGAGGGGAGAGUCUACCAUUACAGGAUUAACACUGCUUCAGAUGGCAAGCUCUACGUUUCGUCAGAGAGCCGUUUCAACACGCUGGCGGAGCUGGUGCACCACCACUCCACCGUGCAGGACGGCCUCAUCACCACACUGCAUUACCCGGCACCAAAGCGCAACAAACCCACCAUCUAUGGAGUUUCUCCCAACUACGACAAGUGGGAAAUGGAGCGCACUGACAUCACCAUGAAACACAAACUGGGAGGGGGCCAGUAUGGGGAGGUGUAUGAAGGUGUCUGGAAGAAGUAUAACCUCACUGUGGCUGUCAAAACACUUAAGGAGGACACAAUGGAGGUGGAGGAGUUUCUUAAGGAGGCUGCAGUUAUGAAGGAGAUUAAACAUCCCAACCUGGUGCAGCUAUUAGGUGUUUGCACACGCGAGCCACCGUUUUACAUCAUCACAGAGUUCAUGACCCAUGGGAACCUGCUGGACUACCUGAGGGAUUGCAACAAAGAGGAGGUCAACGCUGUGGUGCUGCUCUACAUGGCCACACAGAUCUCAUCUGCCAUGGAGUACUUGGAGAAGAAGAACUUUAUACACAGGGACUUGGCAGCCCGGAACUGUUUGGUUGGGGAGAACCACCUGGUGAAGGUUGCAGACUUUGGCUUGAGCAGGUUAAUGACCGGAGAUACAUAUACGGCUCACGCUGGUGCCAAGUUCCCCAUCAAGUGGACUGCUCCUGAGAGUCUGGCCUAUAACACAUUCUCCAUAAAGUCUGAUGUCUGGGCGUUUGGGGUGCUGCUGUGGGAGAUCGCCACUUAUGGCAUGUCUCCUUACCCUGGCAUUGACUUGUCCCAGGUCUACGAGCUGCUGCAAAGAGACUAUCGCAUGGAACGACCAGAAGGCUGUCCUGAGAAGGUCUAUGAACUCAUGAGAGCCUGUUGGCGGUGGAACCCUUCAGAACGGCCAUCAUUUGCUGAAACACAUCAGGCCUUCGAAACCAUGUUCCAGGAGUCCAGCAUCUCUGAUGAAGUUGAAAAGGAGUUGGGAAAGAAGGGGAAGAAGACAACUUUAGGCUCCAUCCAACAGGCUCCAGAACUGCCGACCAAAACCAGGACGCUCCAUAAGAACAUGGAAAACCGGAACAGAGACAGUCCGGACCCUGUUGAACUGGAGGUGGGUGUGUCAUCACCAAUGCUACCAAGGAAAGAGCGCCCUCUGCUGGACAAUAACCUAAAUGAAGAUGACCGCCUAAUCCCCAAAGACAAGGACAAAACCCGAGGCAAUAGUUUUCUCAGCCGCAUCAAGAUAAAGAAAAGGAACGCUCCAGCUCCACCCAAGCGAAGCUCCUCUUUCAGAGAGGCAGAUAUAACUAUUGAAAGGAGAGGAGUGACUCCUGAUCUACGAGACAGUGACAACUUCAACAAUGGUACAUCUUUGUCUCUGAAUGACACCACGCAUGGUGUCGAAUCCUCAAAGUUCUUGGGAGGUAACAACGGUGCCGGAGGGAUCAACAGCGGGACUCCCAGCUACCCAGGACCUUUGUUCCCUCGUAAGAAGGGCCCCCCUGCACUGCCAGGCGCGGGGAGCAAGCCGGCUACGACGCCACCCAGUGAGGAGGACGGUCUUUCCAGUUCCAACCGUUUCCUCUGGUCCCCCAUCGUUUCCAACGGUCGAGAUGGCACCGAAUGGAAGUCUGUGACAUUACCCCGAGAUUUGGGCCAGCGUCACUUUGACUCCAGCACAUUAGGAGGGAAGCCUGCUUUACCGCGAAAGAGGACCAAUGAGCAGAAAGGAGAGAACGCCCGUCGAACGGGCACCCUGACCCCCCCUCCACGUCUUAACACAUCGCCAGAUGUUUCCACUUCCUUCCUGGGUAAAGACACUGAUCCCAGCCCUGGUUCCAGUCCACAAGCAUCGACACCUAAAGUGGUCAAGAGACCAGGAGUGAGCGGGCAGGAGGCCUCCAAGACCAGCGCCCUCCAGGCAGAACUUCUGAAGGCUAACAUUCUUCCUGCCUUGGGGGCAGCAGGCGAGGAGUGUAGGGCCCGCAGGAACAAGCAUACUGUGGAACCCUCAUCAUUCAGGGAUAGAAGUAAGAUACAGAAGCCAAAGCCUGCUCCACCACCACCACCCACCGGACUUAAAUCGGGCAAAAUCCCCCGAAGCCCGACUCAAGAAUCCCCCUCAUCAUCCCCUUCAUCUUCCCCUUCAGACGUGAAAGCUAAAGGCCUUCCUUCCUUUACAGACCCCCCUCAUACAUCUGCUGCUAGUGACCAAUCCCGCUCGCCCAUCAGCGAGGGAUCCAAAAAGGGGCCUUUGGGCUCUAAACCUCCAACUCUAAAAGCCUCAGCAUCCGCUAAUUCUGUGACCAGUUCUCUUUCCAGCCAAAUCCAGGGAGGCGGCCCGCCUGCCGAUCAGAACAUAUCCGCUUUCACCCCUAUUGCAAGAACCCGAUCCUCCCUCCGCAAAACCACCCCGCGCCAAGCCAGCGAGCGCACACCCUAUUCAGCAGUGACCCGUGAGAUGGUCCUGGAGGGAGCCGAGCUGCUCCGCACGGCCAUCUCCCGCAUAUCGGAGCAAACGGGAAGCCACAACGGCGUGCUGGAGGCUGGGAAGAACCUGUCCAAAUACUGCGUGAGCUACGUCGACUCCAUCCAGCAGAUGAGGAACAAGUUCGCUUUUCGCGAGGCCAUCACCAAGCUCGAGAGCAGUUUGCGUGAGCUCCAGAUCUGUCCUUCGGCUACAGGGGGCGCUAACGCGCAGCAGGACUUUAGUAAGCUGCUGUCGUCUGUCAAAGAGAUCAGUGACAUUGUUCAGAGGUAGCGCCUCAAUGGGAAACCGAUACGAACUUUGACCCUCUGAGAUGUGCCUGAUGGGUGGGGUGUGAUGAAGAGGAGCAGCGUAGAAUGACGCCACAUUACUGUCCCACUCGCUUAUUCCUGUGGUUUCAAUGAUGGACUCAAAGGAAACAGUGAGGAUGUUUGUCAGAAAGCCGUAACUAUAUAUGAACAUUGUCAUCUUAGCCCUAAUUAGGCUGUGGACCAACUACAUCAAUCAUCUUUGAAUUAAUCAUGUCUUACAUAUUUAAUUUUUUUGCCCCCCUUAUCACUUAACACCAUCAUAAAACUGGCCUCCAAUAUUUGAUUUAAUCUGAAUUUAAGUCAUUUGCUGUGACAAUUAGCUUAACUUGCCUUUGAAAACAUUUCCAGUUGGUUUUUCUGUUCUCAGCUUUAGAAAUCCAGAGAAAAACCGUCCUUUAUUUUUUUUUUUUACUUUAUUGAUCAGUCGUCACCGAUUGUUUGCCAACAGAUGAAACUGUGUUGCUGUCUAUUUUGUAUUGGUGCUUUUUGCAGUAUUUGCAGCCAUUCGUGCCAUAAAGUAACAACACGAGGAGAAUGAGCCUAAAGUCUCCUUUUGCUUCCUCCCUUUCACUUCAGUAACAUUUAGAGCCUUAACAAGUACAUGUGAGGCUGUGUAGGCGGUAAACGUGUCUGUAUGGCUUUGGUUGAAUUAUUCCAUAUGCUUGAGUGUGGUUGUGGUUUUGUUCUUUGGAUAUAAAUGUUUGCAGUACCAAAAAAAAAAUGGAUCUGGGCUGCAAGAUCUGCAUCCUAGUGGAUUUUUCUCCUUUUGUAUAUUUUUCCUCAGACUGGACCUUUCCUUUUUGAUUUUCUAUGUAUUAUUUUGAUGCAAUCCUUUCCUCUCUGUGCCAGUGAAUAAAUAAGCCAUCAGUAGCAGCCUUGGCCUUGCUGCUGCAUGCUGUUAGAUCAGUUAACAGGAUGCAACACACUGGCUUGGUGUUUCCCUGGCAGGCCUCUGCUCCAAAGACAUGAGGGAUGGCUGCAGAGGCCCUCCGCUC